AUGAAGCAAUUAAACAAACUCGAAAGCAAUUCAAAACGAAUAUGUUCAUUCAAAUUAAUUCAAUCUAACUCUCGUGUAUCUAAAUUCAAUUUUUGGUUUUGUUGUUGUGUGGUUAUAAUUUUGAACUUCACCGAUUUCACAUUAUGUAACGAAAGCAAAAGCAAAAGCAAAAAUGAGUCAAUAAGUUUUACAAAUAAAUCACCACAGCAGAAGCUUAAAGUAUGCGAAGACUCAUCAAGCUUGAUAUGGUCGCAAUUUUUGGAGGACUAUACCCUAAGCCAUAGUUCAAGCAAUCGCAUAUCUAAGGAUCUUCCUUAUAUUGGUAUUGACUAUGACAUAUCGGGAUCAGCAUCAGUACCUCACUCUAACAAUCCAUCAAUGAUGACCAUCAAUGGUUCACCAACUUAUCAGCCACCAAUAAAUUACCAUUCGUCUGCAUAUAAACGUCCGAAUGUUUUCAUUACAAAACGCAUAGGGGAAGCUGUAGAAUUAGAGCCUCAUUUACGACCGCCUGUUAAAGUUGUAAACCCACAGUUUCGUCCUAUGACAAAUCAAAUGCUACAUCAUCAACAACAACAGCAGCAGCAACAACAACAACAACAACCUGGAUUUUUACAACAAUUAUUUGGCAUAGGAUCAAGUACUAAUACUCUUUCCAUUGCACCGUCAAUGUCAAAUCUACCACAACAACAACAACAACAGCAACACCAAGGUAGGCCAGUUCCCCUGCAGCAUAAUACAGUACAACACAACAUGCCACAAACUUUUCGUGCUGUUUCGGAAAAUGAUUUAUAUCUGUUAGGUGCAAUUGAGAAACUGGUUUACCGUGUAGAUUAUCUUGAAAGUCGAAUACGUCGCGCUGAACAACUGAUAUACUAUCUUAUGGCGGGAAACAAUCAAAAAGAAGUGAAAGAUCCCUGCCCGAGUAAUUUCACGCGUAUUAGUGACAAUUGUUAUUUUAUCAACAGUCAAUUGCAAGUAAAUUGGAAAACUGCGAAUUCUGCAUGUAAAGCUCUUGGUGCACAUUUGGCGGAAUUUGAAAGAGUUUCGGAAAACGAAGAGAUUAUGGCAUAUUUAUUAAAUCAACCGAAUCAUCGUGGCCGUGAAUAUUGGUUAGGUGGUCUAAAUCCGGGUCUUUUAUGGAUUUGGUCUAAUUCAGCCAAACCGGUUAAUCCAAAUAUGAAUCUUACCUCUAUAGCUAUGUCACAUGAAAAUGGCACUGGUUCUUCAAACUCAGAAUCAAUAACUGUUGACAAUAGUGAUGAGAAUAAAGUUGAAGAAUCGACUAAUGAAACUGUUCUCAAUAAUACUAUUGAAAUUAAAGGCCAAGGGCGUUGUCUACGUUUGUCAUACAAUCCAACAAAGCAUUUUUACUAUUACUACGGUCAGGAGUGCACAUCACGCCAUCAUUAUAUAUGUGAAUAUGAAGACAAAACUUUAGAUAACAAAAUAAAAAAAAUUACGAGAGAAUUGAAAAUAUUCGAUUAA